AUUGGCCGAGGCUUCUGCCGGAAGCACCGCCUCUUCCCUCCCCCUCUGAGGGAGGGAGUGACUGACGGACAGCUCCGCCGCUGGUAGGACCGUCAUCGUGUCAAAACGACGUCGACGGGGUUGCCGCUGUCAACCAUGAGCCGCCGGCCUUCGUUCAGCGAGUGCCUGUGCGACUGGGAGGAGUUGCAGGACGGCUUCCAGCGCGUGCAGGAAACCCACAGGUUGUACAAGCAGAAGUUGGAAGAGCUGACGAAGCUCCAGGAUGGGAUCUCCAGCUCCAUCACCCGGCAGAAGAAACAGCUGAAAGAGCUGUCACUUGCCCUGAAAGAGUGCAAGUCUAGCCUUCUCGCCGAUCAGGAAGAGACUGUCCAGGAGAUCCAGGAUAUGAUCAAAGAGUGGCAGAAUGUCUUCUUUGAAAUGGAGGCUUAUUUGCCCAAGAAAAACGGGUUGUACCUGAACCUCGUGCUGGGAAAUGUGAAUGUCACGCUGCUCAGCAAGCAGGCUAAGUUUGCCUACAAGGAUGAGUAUGAGAAGUUCAAGCUCUACCUCACCAUCAUCCUCAUCAUUAUCUCCUUCACUUGCCGGUUCCUCCUGAACUCCAGGGUGACAGACGCGGUCUUCAAUUUCCUCCUGGUGUGGUACUACUGCACCCUCACCAUUCGGGAGAGCAUCCUGAUCAACAACGGCUCCAAGAUCAAGGGCUGGUGGGUCUUCCAUCAUUACAUUUCCACCUUCCUCUCCGGUGUCAUGUUGACAUGGCCAGAUGGUCUCAUGUACCAGAUGUUCAGGAACCAGUUCCUUUCCUUUUCCAUGUAUCAGAGUUUUGUGCAGUUCCUGCAGUAUUACUACCAGAGCGGCUGCCUCUACCGGCUCCGAGCCCUGGGGGAACGGCACAACAUGGACCUCACUGUGGAGGGCUUCCAGUCUUGGAUGUGGAGGGGCCUCACCUUCCUGCUUCCGUUCCUCUUCUUUGGCCAGUUCUGGCAGCUGUACAAUGCCGUCACCCUCUUCCGACUGGCCAGACAUCCUAAGUGCAAAGAGUGGCAGGUGCUGAUGUGCGGCCUUCCUUUCUUCGUCCUCUUUGCCGGCAACUUCUUCACCACCUUGCGAGUCGUCCAUCAGAAGUUCCAAGAGAAGACCAAGGAUUCCAAGAAGAAGUGAGCCUUGGGGGAAUCCCAGACACCCGUCCUCCUCGACCCCGGACAUUUCCAUCUUCUGCCUACCUUCCGUCAUUCUUGGCCCUGAUCUGGGGAGCCGGCGCUCCCGAACUGUUGGUUUUGUUUGGGGCUGAGCAUCUUUCCCCACAUUCCACCCCCCCAACUCUCCCCUCCCAUGAACCGGAGCAAAUGAAGCUGAACAGGAACAACACUGUCCUAUCUGGCCCGAGGCUCAUCCUUGGAUGGUGGGGAAUCCAGGAGAAUGGUAGCAGGCCAGAGACCAGCAGUGACCUUAGUCCGUGACGCUUGAAUGUCAUUCUCAGUCGGCUUCCCUCCUUCCCCUGACACUGCCCACCCGGGGACCACCAAUGCCUGAAGCACCCGUCUACCAGCUGGGGCCAGGUUCAGCCUUGACCAUCUUUAGAACCUUGUUUCAGGGGCGAAGGAGCGUGUUGGGAACUGUAUCUCCUCCGUACUGUACAACCUCUCUACCCUCUUGGCUUUUGUGCUGAAGUCUUGCAGCUCUUCUCAGGCUUCUGAGACACCUUUUCCCUUAAGGAUUCAUGUUCCGCCCCGUCUGGUGGUUUACCCGGGACAGGGGGGCACAGUGCAAAGGGAUCGCUGGCUGCCUGAGUCUCCUUUUAUGUCAAGCCCGGCUUCCUGUCCAUCUGUACCCUACCACUGCCCACAAAACAUUCCUCAACAUCCACCCAAGUCUCUAGCUCGACCAUCUGCUAGUGCGAACCAAUGGGCAGUUUUCUUUCCAUAUUUUCUGUAUCUCUUCUGUGACUGGCCAGAAAGGCUUAGAACAUGCGUGUUGUGAAGCUGUUACUGAAAAAUGGCUUGGGAGGGUGGGGGAAUGCAUUUGGAUGCUCCCCCUCCUCUCUCUGCCGUCGUGUCCCAUGUUUUGAAACGGUGCUGAGAGUGAUGUUUUGUCUUAGGAAAGCUGGAGGGAGCUGGCUGGCCCUCAGCCAGUGUCUUUCCCACCCUUUUCAAAAUGUAUUCUUGUCAUGAAAAAAGUGUUGAAAAAUAAAAGGAGGGAAACGAAGCGCCUUCACAAGUAAUACCUA